ACAAGAUGAACGACAAUAUGGCUGGUCCUCUUGCGAAAGUUCAACGACUAGCGCGACAAGUUUCUAAGACAUUCAGAUUGCCAGUAAGUAAUCCAGCGUUUCAAGAAAAUCUAAACAAAUCACGAACUCUCAUCAACAGUAUUCAGGCGCAAGACCUAAACUUCGACUUUAAUCUAGUUAGAAACACAAGGGUUUUCAAUCCUCGAUCGAAUGAAAUGCCACCUGUGACAUACGUCAAAAUUCACGAAGAUUGCGAAAUAUCGAUCGGAAUAUUCGUUCUCAAGGAUGGUGCACGACUACCGUUGCAUGACCACCCGGGAAUGCAUGGCCUCCUGAAAGUAAUUCACGGGUCGUUACGCGCUAGAGCUUUCAACGAGGUCUCGCCAGCACUACGGCAGCAGCUGGAACUUCAAGUUCAACUCGAUAACUCUCUCGCCAAUCUAGUGAAACCCGUUUUCCUGCAUUCGGACACGGAGGUGGACGUGAAUAGUGACGUAUGCGUGCUCUCGCCCACCGUCGCGGGGAUUCACGAGAUAGCCGCGCGCUCGGGGCCCGCCGCUUUCCUCGACGUUCUAGCUCCUCCGUACGACAUCGACGGUGAACGAGACUGCCACUACUUCGGCGAGGUUUUCUUGAAAAUGGACAAUCCGUUGGCGAAAGACGUUUGUUGGCUGACGGAGAUUUCGUGUCCGUCGGACUUCUGGUGCGAUAGUGCGCCGUACCAAGGGCCGGACAUCACUUGUGCUUUGGAUGAUGCUUGUGGCUCGCUGUGAUUUACUUUACGAGGCUGAGCUGUCUAAUGGCCUAUUGGAAAAAGUUAUGUAAUAGAUGUAGUGUGAUUGCGUGGUCUGCGAAAUUCAUAACAAGAAUACGAGCGAAGUUGCUCGAGCGACUGCUUAGCCAGUAUGUGACCACGAUCUUCGCUGCACAAAGAGAACGACGCGUGCACGUCAACAAUAGAACAUGGUUGUAGAACCGCUACACGUAGUACAUGGAAAAGUAUUUGCGGACGAAUUCAUGUCAUGUAUCUUAUUAAAGGCAAACUUUCAGUCUUAUUCAGCUUGCAGAUCAGUGUGCAUUCUAGUGAAAGAUUAUUAAUUUAUACCGUCAGAAUGCCAUGUAGGGGAUAAAUGUGCGUUUAUGCUGAAUACUACAUAAACAUCUGGAACCUGGUGUUAGCAAAAAUAAUACAAUACCUGAUUACAGUGAAUUGCAAUAUGUUACCAUUAAUUCUAUACUAAUUGUAUUUAUGAGAUUUUUAUACGAUGUUCUAGAAACUUCUAUAGUGACUCGGUUGCUUGUAUGGCAAAUUUUUAAAGAAUGUUGGCCGAGCAAGACGUUAAGUUUAGUGAUUGUAGUAUUUCUUUUUACCUUGUAUGUAUAUGUAUAUGUAGGUUAAUUGUGUAUGUGUAUUUAUCAGAUAUGCAUGUAAUUCAUUUUUUACAUUUUAGCCACCCAAGACCAUUUCACCCCCUUCCCUAAAAACCUUUUCAAUCAGUAUUAGUGCCAAGAUGCACCCAAAUCAAUAGUUGUUAAAAAUCCUCAUUGUUAAAAAUUAAUUAAAUACGUAGUCUAGAAUUUUAUUUCAUCUAUGCGUGUGUGCGUGCGUGCGUGCGUGCGUGCGGGCGUGUGUUUGUGCGCGUUUGUAUAUAUAUACUGAUAUUUGAUGUGAUAUUGACUUGCCAAGUUUGAUCAAAAUUGACCAAAACUCGUGAUGAUUAAACAAACCAGUGACUGUGCACAUGACUUGCAUUUCAUCAAGACUUGAACAAUAUAGAUGUAUAAUGAAUAGCUUCACAUAGCUUUGUUUUUGUUUGCAGUUGGCUGUGAACAUAUUUCGAUGCUGAUUGUUGAUUUUAUGAACGGAUGUAUAAAGAAGCCUCUUAUAUUACCCAGUAAGUUUCAAGAUAGUGCAGCUUUUGUUUAAUGAACGUAAUUCAAUGUAGUCAUCAUCGUUGUAUAAGAAAUAACUGUUUUCUUCAAAAUUUCGAAUGUGUGCAUGCAAGUAGUUUGCAAUGCAAAUCCUAAUAUAUACCCACAGCGCAUUUGGUGUGUUGAGAAUGAAAUUUUCCAUCGCAUUGUUUAAAACUUAAAUUAUAAACGAUUGUUUUGAAGUAA